UCGACGAAACCAGCAUCGUUUCCUCAAUUUUUCGAAAUUUUUUGCUAUUUUUAAAUAUUUUCUGCAUAAAAACUCGAAUUAAAUACAGAAAAAUUGAUCAUUGAUGACUUAAGAGUCGAGAAAAUUUAUAAAAUUCGAAAAAAAUUAAUUUAAGACACAAAAACAAAACACCGGCAAGGAAUGGCGAGCUGCGCUGUAUCAUUGAAGGACCAAAUCAAGUUCGAUAUUGAAUGGGGUCAUGAGCGUCUCGUACGUGCUCAGCAAACAGUCGAACUUCGUCCCUUUGACAUCGAAUCAUGGUCCGUGCUCAUUCGCGAAGGGCAAUCACGUCACGUAAACGAUGUUCGUUCCUUAUACGAGUCGCUCGUCGCUGUUUUUCCCACAACCGCUCGUUAUUGGAAGAUUUACAUCGAACAAGAGAUGAAAGCGCGCAAUUUUGAGCGGGUCGAGAAGCUUUUUCAACGUUGUUUGGUCAAAAUCUUGAACAUCGACUUGUGGAAACUCUAUUUGACGUACGUGAAAGAAACGAAAGCCGGUUUGAGCACUCACAAGGAGAAACUUGCCCAAGCUUAUGACUUUGCACUCGAGAAAAUUGGGAUGGAUUUGCAUUCGUUCUCGAUUUGGUCGGAUUACAUUCAGUUUCUGAAGAGCGUCGAGGCGGUUGGAAGUUAUGCGGAAAAUCAAAAAAUUACAGCAGUGAGGAAAGUUUAUCAGAAAGCUGUUAUUACGCCAAUUAUUGGGAUUGAGCAUUUGUGGAAGGAAUAUAUCACGUUCGAGUCGAAUAUUAAUCCGAUUAUUUCGGAAAAAAUGAGUUUGGAACGAUCGAGGGAUUAUAUGAAUGCUCGUCGCGUUGCCAAGGAAUUGGAAAUUGUCACGAAAGGGUUGAACAGGAAUUUGCCUGCGGUUCCUCCGACGUUGAGUAAAGAGGAAGCGAAACAAGUCGAUUUAUGGAAAAAAUACAUCGCCUUCGAGAAAUCGAAUCCGCUCAGAAGUGAAGAUACCGCAUUAGUUACACGUCGUGUGAUGUUCGCAACUGAACAAUGUCUUCUCGUAUUAACUCAUCAUCCUGCUGUUUGGCAUCAAGCAGCGCAAUAUCUCGAUCAAAGUGCAAAAUUAUUAGUCGAGAAAGGAGAUGUCAACGCAGCUCGCAUUUUCAGCGACGAAGCUGCAAAUAUUCUUGAACGAGCAAUCAGCGGAGUGCUUUCCCGUAACUCUUUGCUGUAUUUUGCUUAUGCCGAUUUCGAAGAAGGACGCAUGAAGUACGAAAAAGUGCAUCAAAUGUACCAAAAAUUCCUCGAAAUUUCUGAUAUUGAUCCAACUUUGGCUUACGUUCAAUACAUGAAAUUCGCUCGUCGUGCUGAAGGCAUAAAAUCCGCUCGUGCUGUCUUCAAAAAGGCUCGGGAAGACACUCGAUCCCGUUAUCACGUUUUUGUGGCAGCUGCUUUGAUGGAAUAUUACUGCAGCAAGGACAAAGACAUCGCAUUUCGUAUUUUCGAGUUAGGUUUGAAGCGUUUCGGGGGAAAUCCUGACUACGUCAUGUGUUACAUCGAUUAUUUGUCGCAUUUGAACGAAGAUAACAACACGAGAGUCCUGUUCGAGCGAGUUUUGUCUUCUGGCGGAUUAACGCCUCAACUUUCCGUCGAAGUUUGGAACAGAUUUCUCGAAUUCGAGUCAAAUAUCGGCGAUUUGUCGUCCAUUGUGAAGGUUGAACGUCGUCGAAGUGCCGUUUUGGAAAAAUUGAAAGAAUACGAGGGCAAGGAAACAGCUCAGCUCGUCGAUCGGUACAAAUUUUUGGAUCUUUAUCCGUGUUCGUCGGUCGAAUUGAAGAGUAUUGGAUACACGGAGCAAGUUACGAUGAAAUCCGGGCAAGUAACGACAGUAUCAGAAGUUGAUGAAACGACGCCCGUCAUUCCAAAGCCGGAUUUCUCGCAAAUGAUUCCGUAUAAGCCGAAGGCGAAUGCUUAUCCGGGCGAACAUCCGAUUGCGGGAGGAACUUUUCCGCAACCUCCGGCAUUGGCAAGUCUUUGUGCGCGUCUUCCGCCGCCAACUUCGUUCCGGGGACCGUUUGUUGUCAUUGAUAAGUUGAUUGACAUCUUUAAUCGCAUUCAGUUGCCUGAUGCUCCUGUUCAAACAAGCGACAACGGCUUAGACAUCAAACUCUUCGAUCUCGCAAAAUCCCUUCAUUGGAUCGUCGAUGACUCAACUUCAACUAACGAUUCAGGUCUCAAACGACGUCGAAUUGUACCUGGCGGCGACGACAGUGACGAUGAUCAAGGCACAGCUCCUCCUCCCAAUGACAUUUACCGCUUGCGACAACAAAAACGAAUGAAAUAAAAAAUCUAAUUAAAAAUUUAAGGAAUUUAGAAAAUUUUCAAUAAAAAGACGUUAUUA